AUGAAUUUCUCGGAAUUCAUCAUGGUUUUGGACCAAGUUGAACACCAGGAGAAUCUUAAUGGUAUCUCUACAGUUACACAGUCUAUCACGUCGAGGCCCACUGUUGUCCGCAAGAAAUUCGCAAAGCCUCCAGUCAAGGUAGCCUGUUUAGCUUGUCGUGCUUCGAGGACUCGUUGUGAUGGGCAGGAUCCUUGCGCCAACUGUCUUAGCAAGAAAAGAAAAUGUUCCUAUCUGCCAAGUAAGCGUGGGGGGCCAAGGAAAAAAAAGAAGGCUCCCAUUCCAGCAGAAGACAUUGUUCAGCAAAAACAAGGUGAUGUUGAGAACCCUAUUCUCACACCAGUGACCCCGGAUUUUGAGGACGCCCUAUUCGGUCAGAUCGAUGUGCUUUCUAGCCCUGGUGCUGGGCUCAGAAACUUAGACUUUCCAUCGGAUGUUCAAUCACUGUUUGCAGGUCUAUUCGCUCCGAAUGAUGGCGGUAACACUCAGGUUCAAAUGGAACCCACCCCAUCCUCUUCAAGCGCAUCCUCACCAUCCGUAGUAAGGACAUACGGCAGUGAACACGAAAUAUUAAAUGCCUAUUAUGAUUUCGUUCAUAAUUAUUUUCCGCUCCUGCCACCGAGAGUAGCACCCGCCUCCGUUGACAGCCCCUUGGAUGGUGUCGGCUCCUACUCAGAAUCUCCCACCGAGGAACCAGCUAUCGUUUAUCUACCUCGCUCUCCACUCAGUCUGGCAAUAUCUGCCGUUCUAGCACUAGUACCUCACUCAAAUGACCCGGAACCGUCAUCCCCUAACUCAGUCAUCCGACGCCGGACAUUUGCGCAUGCCUUCGCACAAAUGGCUAACGCUAGCAUCGAAUCCGAUUGUGAACUUCAUGCUUCCCCGUCAAAUCCCUUUGAGUCUCCUGGCAGUGAUCGCCAGUUAAUCAAUCGAGAAUCUUUCCACCCUCAAACUCCUGUAGAGCUUGAGAGCAUUCUUGCGUUGUUAAUACUCUCUGUGUACGAGUACGCCCAGCGUGGGAACCUCCUAAAGAUGAGGUACCGUGCUGGCCAAGCAUUGGCAAUAUCAUUAGACAUGUCCUUGCAUUCCCUUGGCGAAGAGUAUGAUGGAUUUGCGGAGGCUCGAAGGAGGGCAUGGUGGAUGACGUACUACUGUGUCCUUCAAGGCUCAAUUGUUAGUACGACACCUCUUUCCAUCGAUGCGAAUGAUCCGCAGUUUGUUACGCCUUAUCCUAGGUUUUCUGCCGAUCCCGAUGGCUGGUCUAUUUUCAUCAAAUCUCAGCAAAUACUAGUAGCGGCAACUCAAUUCGUCAUCGAUCUUAAAAAAUGCAUUCCUACGAGGACCAAUAUGCCAUACAUUUCUGAGAGCAUGCAGCGACUUGACACGUGGUCGAACGCAAUAUUGUCGCAAUCGAACCUACCGGCAUUGGUUUCUCGGUCUGUUGAUGGUAAUCUACCAGAGCAUACCGCAGCGCAGAGUAUCCGUGCGAUCUCAAGGAUAAAGCUGUCAAGUUCCCAGAUAAAAAUCCAUCGCUUCAGAGCAUUCUCAGACAUCCCGAUAUUCCUCAAAAGGCAUUGCGAUCUAACCGCGGCUAAUUCAUCUGGGCCGACCUCGGAAUGCGCCGCUAAAGGCUCAAAGCCUCCGGGUGAGGUUUCGAAUGUUGGCUGUUCUUGUACUCGUUUGGAUCAGUUCAACCACUCAUCCUCGAGCGAGUACGCGCCGUCAUCUACAUCGUCCACAUCGUCCGAGUUUCAAUCCCUACCUCAAUACUCGUUCAUUGACGAGUUUCCUUAUACCAGUCAACAUUCGGCAAGGGUUUGCUUGAGGGCGUCCUUAUUAACAUCGCACAUGUUUCAAAGUUUACCUGUGCCUCAACCGCUCACUGGCUGCAAUAGCCCGCACCAAGCACUGCAAUCUCUACCUCUGAACCAAUAUCCGAGAACUAUGCCGUCGUUUGCAUGUUGCCUAAUGCAAGGCAGCUAUGCCCUUCUGAUGAUAUUCUAUCAAACGAGUUUGGCAAAUCAGGUGCCGACGGAAUUCGGAAACAACCAGGGCAAUACCCCGUCUGAUAGAUUCACAGAAGAACUCCGUCAAGGGCUUGAACGGAUUAUUAACGCCAUAUCGAAUUAUACGAUUUCUUAUGAGGCACUAAAUGGAAUGAAAGACGACAUUCAAGGUGCAUAUCAUACGGCGUUCUUACAGGGGUAG